AAAAGAAAUCUCGAAAAACCCACAGACACACAAACGAAAAAAAAAAACAAACAAGAAUGGCAACUUUUGUUAGUUGCGCUCUCGUUCGUCCCUCACUGCUCGCUCGGCUCCCGUCUGAACGCCGUGUGUGUCAGUGCGCGACAACAUGGCCGUCUGAUUUUGAUCGUCCGUGCCAUUUUCUCCUUCUUCUUCUCUCUCUCUCUCUCUACGAAAUCAAUUUUAUUGAUUGAAUUUCAUACACACACACAGAGCCCACAGAGUUCAACCCUCUUCUCAACUCCCGUAUUAUUCUCUCUCUAUUUCACUAGCUCACAACUAGCGAUCGAAAAUUCUUUUUGGGAUUUUGUUUAUUUUUUCCUCUCUCCCGUUCGUUAUCACGACAUCUCGUAACAACAAUAGCUCACGAUUCUGUACCAGAUAUGUACGCUGCUGCUGCUGCUGGUUGUAGUACUACCGGAUAGAGGAGGGCGCACUGCUCCGUAUGCACUGCUACGAUAUAAUGGGCAACAAAACAAACAAACAAACACAACUGGAAAGGACAGGACGUUACAUAUAUAGGAAUAUCGGCGAUACAAUAGAAAACGACACAUUUCAUUUGCCCCCCUUUAUUUCUUAUUUUCUUUUGGACCAAACCAAAAUGAAACAAAUUGAAAAAAGGAAAAAUCACACUUGACAAUAAAGGGAAAAUAUAAUCUUUUGUUGUUUUGUCUGCUGGGGAGAUCUAUUCCAGACAGCAUCCCGUAUACAUACAUACAAUUCUUUUUUUUUUUUUUUGAUUGUGCUAUUUGCAUGUGUUUGUCACGGCUGUUCGGUUCUUUGGUUGACGAUGGCCAACGGCGGGGAAAGGCAAUAUAUUUAUAGGUUAUACACUAUACAGAAUAUAAGAUAGACAGAUAGAGCGGGAGGAGAUGGCGGAAUCCAGUUGUGUGUGUGUCUGUGUCUGUGUCCAACUGGUGUCAACGGUGAUGUAUAAUGGCCCAGGCCCUUAUACAUAUCACCCUGGCCCUAUAUAGAGCGCUGUCCUGUCUAUCUAGUAUCUACCAGCCGAAAAAAUCGUUUUUUUAAAGUUUGGAAUUAUAAUUUUUGGGGUUUUCUCUUUUUUUUUAUUUCCAACCAAUCGCCAAAAGGGGAAUCGAUGGCGACAACGACAUAUAAUCCAAAAUAUAUAAAGAUCUUUGAUAUUCUAAUCAUCAUUUCAAAAAAAAAAAAAAUGUGGGGAGGAAUAGAAAUCAGACGGCGGGAUUUUUAAAAACAGAUUUCACCGCCCCAAUUACCACAUUUAUGCAAACACUGGCAUCCACGUAUUAUUAUUUGAUCAUUGAUUUAUUGCAGCCCCCAGAGCCCCCUCCUCUCGUGCUGGUCUAAAUUGAGCCGCUAGUCUUAUUCUUAUAAUAUCGGCUGGGUUCGAGGAGGGGACGUCAAUAAACAAAAGGGCCCCGUUUUUCUUAUCUAUAUUGUGAUGACGUAAUUACGAUGUAAAACGGGGGGGGGGGGGGGCGGGGGGUGCUGGGACUUUAGUUUAGCCAACCCAACAAAAAAAAAUAUGGUUAUUACAACAGACAUCUGCUAGUAGAGAUACAUAUCUCUAUACGAUGAUGUAACAAGUCGACGGGGCUGUUUGGCGCUGAAAUUCAUCAUCGCAAUAAUUCGAACUUGCCAUUUAGACAAACACACACACACACAUCCACUCUUGUUUAUUAUCUGCUAGACAUAUAUGGAUAGGCCCCGCUGCUGAUGUGCUCUGCUGUGCAUACAGCCGACUCUGCUGCUGCUGCUGUAAUAUUAAAAAGCCUAGAGGGCUUGACUAGCUAUCUAUCCCCCCCUCAUUAGGGGAAAUAAAAAUAAAUGUCGGGAUGAUUGAACGUGAAUUUUCCAGAGUUGUGAUUAUUAUCAUCUCUCUUUCAACUCUUGUGUGUGCUGUGUGUGUGUGUCACAGCUGAUUUCUCUAAACUCCGGAGAGUACUACACACACACACACACGGAUAUGUCUUGAGAUAUCCGUGUAUAUAUAGCCACCACCACACAUACACUCUCCGACUUUGUGACUCUCAUUCUCUCUCUCUUUAGCACCUCCAUUGUUAUUUUUAGAUCACGGCCGAUAGAUGUACAGUUCUCUCCGGAUCAGUCAGUGUAGUAUGGUAUAGUACCGAACCCUCGGCAGCUUCACGGGCACCAUCUUUUAUACAUUCACGCUCAUUUCUCUCUUUCUCUCUGACGAAACAAAUUGAACAUUUUUUUGGGGAUCGAAUGGAAAUUUUUAAAAAAUGGAAUCAAUGAUUAUUAUUAUUAUUUCUGGUUUAUCUGACGACAACAUUUUUGCGGUCGUCCAAUUUGAUGCUAAUAGAAAUGUGUGUAGAAGGAAAUUUACAACAAAAAAGAAAAAAUCGGAAUAUCUGAAAUGCCACCACAAAAGAACAAACAGAAAAAGAAAAAAACAAAACCGGUUUGCUGCACACGUCCGCCCUAUUUUUUCAAAUUUUAUUUUAUUUUACCUUAUUGGUUUUUUCCCCCGCGUCAUGAACUAAUGUCGUGGUGGUUGUUUUUCAUUUCCUUUUGAUUUUUGAAUUUUUUAUUUUUUCCCCCCUUUUAAUUCUUUUUGGGUUACGAUGAUGAAAAAAGAUUUGGGUGCGCGCAUUUAUUUGUGACCACCGUCGUCCGUCGUCUACGUCGUGUAUGUAGGUUCUCGGAGCUCCUGUUCCAGUUGCGUUUUACAUGUAGUAUUAGAAUAUCGUUGCAUCGUUGCAACCGGUUUAGUUUCCCAGGAACCUUUUGAGAUUUUUAUUCUUUUUUUCUCGACAGGAAAUAUUUCGAAAUUUUUUAUUUUUUUAAAAUUCUGAUAUUCAAAUAUUUCUCGAGUGUGUAAUAAUCAGUCGCCUUUUUUGGUGUUUGUCAUUUCAGGUGAUUGGCCAGCAGCGAGUGGAAGGGGAAAUUAUUAAAGAAGAAAAUUUGAUUUGGUGUUUUUGUGCGCAGAGUUCUAAUUGCUAAGUGGCGAGUGCAACGAGUCGAGUCUGAAAAAUCAAAUAAAAAUAAAAAUAAAAGACGCAAAAAUAAAAGUUCGCCGAUCGGGUGGGGUUGAAGAAGUGGCCGACAAAGGCAAAAGUGGUGAAGCGGGCGGUGCUGGUGGUGGCGGCGGAGGGAGGCGACGGGGUAAGCUGGCCACCAUCAUCAUGAAGCACAAGAAGGAGAAGAGCAACAGCAAAGAGAAGAGCAGCAAGAAGAAGAGCGGCGCCAGCCGGGCCGCUUCCAUCUUGACCACCAUGCAGCGGCACCAGCAGGCCGCCAGCGGCCAACAGGGCGGCGGCCAAGGCGCUGCUGGGGCCAGCAACAACACCGGAGGAGCCUCUUCGGCCGCCCUACUCGACCAGGCCGCACUCCAAUCGGCCUACCGAUGGGAGAAACUCUCGCCCGCCGAAUUCGAACAGCUACAAGAUCUUGCCGCUUAUUCAUCCAAGAAGCUGAGCGAUGUCCUGGCUGAAUUCUCUGGCACGGGACCGCUGUCCAAAUUCCAGCCGGAUGGGGAUAUCGACUACGAAGGCUUCAAGCUGUUCAUGGACACUUACCUGGAGAUGGAGAUGCAGGAGGAAUUAUGCAAGAGGUUGUUCCUCUCUUUCGUCAAACGGACGCCCACCAAGACCGUCUCCAAUGUUGACGGCAAAGUCAUCAAGGAUAUGGCGAUGCUGAGUUCGGCCACGGCUUGUGCCCCCAUCACGGCCCACAACGCCACAGGGUCGGUGAACAAUUUGGCGGCGGCCUUUGGCGAAGCCGGAGCUUCUUCGUCAGCCACCGGUCCGGCUGGCGCCGCCGCCGCGACGACCGGCUGUUCGACCAGCGCUUCCGGCGGAGUCUUGCACACCAUCACCACUAGUUUGUCGGAGCAGAGCCGGCCGCUCCAGGGACUGGCCGAACGCUUCCACGGGCUAACCGAGCGGCUGGGCAGUCUCAGCGGACUGGGCAGCGUCGGCCGCAGCAGCGCCGAGUCAGAGGCAACUAAUCGAACUCGAACGGGGAGUAUCGGCGCUUCGGUUCAUCCGAUGGUGAUGGUGACUCAGCCGGGAACGAUAGUCGUCGGUGGCGGAGCGGGAGGAGGCGGCGGGGCCGGGGCCUCCUGUUCGGCUAUGGGGGCGGGAGCGGGGGCGGCCUCGGGUUCGUCGACGGCCGGCGCCACAUGGGAGCGGGCCAGCAACCAAUCGUCUUCGCCCAGUCACAGUCAAAUGUCGCGCAAUUCCUCGCGAAAGUCCAACAAUUCCAUCCUCGUCUCCAACGGCAAAUUAGAACUGGAAGUCCGGCAAUUGGUGCGAAAGACGAGCAUGUUGGACAUCAACACACUCAGGGUUUCGCUCAAGAACGUCAUCUGCUACCUUUCCUUGCUGGAGGCCGGCCGUCCCGAAGACAAACUCGAAUUUAUGUUUCGGUUAUACGACUCGGACGGCAACGGUGUACUAGACACCAAUGAAAUGGAUUGCAUCGUCAAUCAGAUGAUGGCCGUGGCGGAAUACCUUGGCUGGGACGCUUCCGAGCUGAAACCGAUCCUGCAAGAGAUGAUGACUGAAAUUGACUACGACAACGACGGCACCGUCUCGCUGGAAGAGUGGAAACGCGGAGGCAUGACGACCAUUCCGCUCCUCGUCCUCCUCGGACUCGAUUCCAACGUGAAAGAGGACGGCAAUCAUUUGUGGCGGCUCAAACACUUUAACCGUCCGGCCUACUGCAAUCUCUGCCUCAACAUGCUCGUCGGCCUGGGCAAGAAGGGCCUCUGCUGCAUCUUUUGCAAGUACACGGUGCACGAGCGGUGCGUGCAGCGGGCGCCGGCCUCUUGCAUCUGCACUUACGUCAAGUCGAAGAAAUCGACGCAAGUCAUGGCCCACCACUGGGUCGAGGGCAACUGCAACGCCAAAUGCUCCAAGUGCCGCGGUCCCAUCAAGUCCUACAACGGAAUCACUGGGCUCCACUGUCGCUGGUGUCAGAUGACCUUACACAACCGAUGCGCUUCCCAGGUGAAACCCGAGUGCAGUUUGGGCGAGCACCGAGUGCACAUCCUCCCGCCGACGUCCAUCUGUCCCAUCGUUCUCGAUCGGCAGGUAUCGACGUGUCGGGAUCGGCGCUCUCUCACGCGAUCCGAGAGCCAUCUGCCCAUCUCCGAGCAAUCAGGAUCGUCGGGAUCGCCCAUGUCCUUCCAAAUCAAUCUCCAGCCGGGUAUGUGUCCGCUUUUGGUGUUCAUCAAUCCGAAAUCGGGCGGGCGGCAAGGGGCCCGCAUUCUCCGAAAGUUCCAGUCGCUCCUCAAUCCGCGUCAGGUGUACAGUCUGGACCAGGGCGGCUCCCUGGCCGGCCUUCAGAUGUUCAAAGACGUCGCCAACUUCAAAGUCAUCUGCUGCGGCGGUGACGGAACGGUCGGCUGGCUCCUAGAGACCAUGGAUAAAGUCCAAUUUGUCAAUCAUCCGCCCAUCGGAAUCAUUCCAUUGGGGACGGGCAACGAUUUGGCGCGCUGCCUCCGGUGGGGCGGCGGCUACGAAGGCGAGUCCGUCCACAAGAUCUUGCGCAAAAUCAGCCGGGCGGCGCCCAUCAUGAUGGAUCGCUGGCAGAUCGAGGUGGUGCCGCACCAGCAGGACGAGAACGCCGAGCCCAGCGACCAGAUCCCCUACACCAUUUUCAAUAAUUAUUUCUCCAUCGGAGUGGACGCGGCCAUUUGCGUCAAAUUCCACUCGGAGCGGGAAAAAAAUCCGGACAAGUUCAACAGCCGGAUGAAAAAUAAGUUGUGGUACUUUGAAUUCGCUACCUCAGAGACGUUCACCGCUUCGUGCAAGAAUCUGCACGAGGACAUUGAUAUUAUGUGCGACGGAGUGUCGCUGGACCUGGCCAACGGUCCGUCGCUGCAGGGCAUCGCUCUGCUCAACAUCCCGUACACUCACGGCGGGUCCAACUUGUGGGGCGACACGUCGGUGAAGAAGCGCUCGCGGCCGGCCCCGCUCAGCCUGCGCAAGGAGCACGACAGCAACAAGUCGGAGCGGGAAUUGUCCAGCAGCAGUUUCAACUUCGUCGAUCUCAGUUUGGCCUUGCAAGACAUUGGAGACGGGCUGAUCGAAGUCAUCGGCCUGGAGAACUGCCUGCACAUGGGACAGGUCAAAACGGGACUCAGGGCGUCGGGACGACGGCUGGCCCAGUGUUCCAACAUCGUCAUCCGGACCCGCAAGCGCUUCCCCAUGCAGGUGGACGGCGAGCCGUGGAUGCAGUCACCUUGCACGAUUCAAAUCACUCAGAAGAAUCAAGUGCCCAUGCUGAUGGCGCCACCGCCGUCUAGGAGCAAGGGCCUCUUCAGUUUCCUCAAGCGACACUGAUUCGACCAAAAAAAAAAAUGUUAACCCAAAACCCAAAACCGGAAGGAAUCAAAUCUGAAAGGGGCGACAUCACACGACGCGCAACAACAACACACAACAAAUCAAACGUGCAUAAAAAGGGGGGAAAUCCCAUCUCGAAACACAUUGACCUAAUUUACUACCCAAAAAGGAGUUGAUGGUUAGAUGAUGAUAUUGCGCUCUCUCAUUUUGAUUUGGUUGGUUUGUUUUUAUCUAAAAACAAGCGAUUCAAGAAAACAAAAAUUUCAAUUUUUUUUCUAUAUAAAUAUUAUUAUUAAUUAUUAUUAGCCGUGUUGUUGAUUGACCAAAUCUGUCAUCGGAAGAAGUCAAAAGCCAAAAACUUUCUUCCUUUUUCUGUAUGGCUCGGUUUCGUCAUUUUGUUCUCUCGACAUCUUUUACAUAAUUCAUUCUCUCUCGUUACGUAUAACUUAUACUAUACAUAUAAUUAUAACAAAUAGCGCGCGCGGUUCCAGCCUCUCGAGACGGCCAAGUUGUUCAUGAUACUUUGCUGUUAUAUUCAUCUCUCUCUUUUCAAAACAAAACAAACAAAAAAAAAUUCUCCUUUUCUCGCUCUCGUCUACAUCAAACGUUUCUCACGCUCUCUAUCUCUCUCUCGGGAAAUGUUUUUAUUUGAUCAUUUGACUGCUGCUCUAUAGACACACACACAAAAAGGAUCGACAAUAGUUUUUUUUUAUCGGAAUCCAUUCAUCACGCAACACACAAAAAACACACACAAUAUGUCCUCCAUCACAAAUUUCGAUAUUAUUAUUAUUAUGUCAUAUGUGCGGUAAAUAUUUGCAUCAUUUUGUUUUUGAUUUUCGAUUGAUUUUUUUUGAUUAUUUUGUUCCCCUGCCCGUUCGUCGUCAGUCGCGGCCAUUCAGCGGUUUUAUAUAUACAUAUAUAUAUAUAUUUUCACGGUUAGCGCUAAAAUCAUGUUAUAUAUUAUAAAUACUUUUACCAACACCCGAGGUAUUAUAACAAGUGAAAUGCAAAUUCGCAUGCGCGCUUUAGGUCGUAUCAAAGUUUUUUUUUGUAAUUCAAUAUAUAAUAUAACCUAUAUACUGUAUCUCUUCGUACAGCACGAAAAGACGAGUUCUUCCAGUUCGGUUCGACUUCUCCACCACCCACCACCGCCACUAUACACACCACCACACCCUCUUUGAAAAGAAAAGUUUAAAAAAAAAGUAACUUCCGGCAUUAUAAAAUUCGCAUCGCCGCCUUGUAAAUAGAUCCCAUGAUGUAAUGAUAAUUUAUUACGGCCAACCUUCUUCUCUUUCUAUCUCUCUUUCUCUCUCUCUCCAUUUGACGAUGCAAUUUCAAUGUAAACAGAUCGUCUGUCUCUUUAAAGAGUGAUGAUUUUUUUUUAAAUUCCCUCGUCCUUUUUUUUAAUUUCCUUUGAUAAUGUUUCGAUUGAUUUUUUUUCUUCCAUCCUGUUUCAUCUCCCUCGACAAGACACAGAGUUAAAAAAACAACAACCAACACAAUCACAGAUGUUUUUAAGAUAAAAUAAAAAAGGGAAAAAAAAAAAAACUUAACAAAAGGCCAAAAUCUACGCGGUAUCUCGACGUGAUUCUCUCCUGAUGCGUUUUUUUCUUAAUAUUUCAGCAGAUCUUCAUUGUCCUAAUUAUUAUUGGCUCGCUUUCAUUGACCACCUUCCUCCAGUCUCCCCCCGUCUCCCCGACAACAUAAUCCCUUCAAACAAAAAUCAUUGAUUAUUAUCUCGUUAUUAUGUACUGUAUCUCGAAACUCCAUCCUUCCUUUCCUUGUUAUUAUUAUUACUAACAUUAACAUAACGAUUCAAAGAAGAGAGAAGAAGAAAACACACACACAAAAAACAAAAACACAAAAAAGUCGUUUUCGUUUGUGCGCUUGCUGGACAAACUUCAAAAAAUUGUCUUCAACAUUCCCCUAGUCUUAAGUUUUCCAUUCUACGGUAUUAAUAUUAUAACCUCCGGAAAAAAAAGUAUAAAUACAAUUAUCUUACAUCAGAA